AACAACCAUUUUUUCUGUUCAAAGUUUUUGUUUGUUUCUCUAACUCUAUUAAAACCAAGAAAGCAAAUCAUCAUCACUCAACAAGAGAGAGAGAUACAGAGAUGAUAAAGCUUUUUUUGGAUAAAGCUUUUUUAUUUAUUAGAACUUAGAACAGAGAGAGAGAGAGAGAGAGAGAGAGAGAGGUCUGUCAUAGAAAUGUGCGUUCUGAUAAGGACUUGUGUUAAAGAGAGCUAGGAAUAAUUACUUCUUCCUUCACACACUCAUUCUUAUGCCCUUUCUUUCUUUCUUUGUGUACAUUAUCAGUCCUGAACAAAACUGCUCGACCUUUAAUGUCUCUCCUCGUAUGUUUUUUCUCAAAACUUUCCACUGCAGAGUUGAAAAGUGUUCGACUUUUAACACCGUUCAUUAUUUUGAGUUAUUGUUUUUGUCCUUGUUAGUUUUCAACUUCUUGGUCUGGGAGAGAAAAAGGGUUGUCUUUACAUUUUCAAAUUCUGGGCUUUGAGUCGUUUAGACAGUGGCAUUGACUUGAGGCAAAUCUUGUGUUGGUUUUGGGGUUUGGCUUCAUCUUUAAGGUUUUUUUUAGUAAUGGUUUGGUGAGAUUGUGGACCUGUUUAUCUUCAAAAUGAAGGGUUUUUUUUUAAUAUAUAUUUUCGAUGUUGUUUCUUGUUUGGUUUGGUAAGCUGUAAAAAUUAGCUAGCAUUUUUGUCUUAUCUUUUAAGUUCCUAGAUUCUCAGAUUUCAAUUUCUUUUCCUUCCCCUUCUUGUUGCUUAAGAUUCUUAGCUUUUCCAUUUAUUUAGCCUUUUUUAUUUAUUUAAUUUUGCUGUUUACAAUCUCUUCCUUUUUUAAGUUUCUUUAAACCUUGGAGUUCUUUUCUUUGCUUUUUUAUGCACUUCUGGCUUGUUAGAUUCUCAUCUCUUGAGAAAAUGUUGCUUUUGUAGUUUUGCCCAGCUUGAAUUGAAGUACAUUUUUUUUUUUUGGAAUGUGAGCUGUAUGAUCCAGUACUCUCUAUAGCACUUGUCCCCAUCAUUUGCCUCGAAGGCAUACCGUGUAGAAAAGUUCCCUUCUUCGCUGUUCAUACUAAGGUUUCUCACUAAAAUUCAAAGAAGAUAGGAGAAAUCUAUUUUUGCAAAUAAUUGAAUAUCAGGUUCAAUUUUCUCGGGAGCGAGACUAGCAAGUAGUACAUGCAUGGAUCGAAGGGAUGCUAUGGCGAUUUCGGGCUCUGCCUCAUUUUAUAUGCACAGAGGGAUAACUAGUUCUGGUGGUAUGAAUGUUUCAUCUAACAUAAACACUUUAUCUAACACAAAUGUAGCAUUUCAACCAAAUAUUGGAGCCAAUACCAUGGGAUCGACAUUACCAAUGGAGCAUCCAGUAGCAAUUUCACCCCAUGGAGUCAAUGUGGGUGUGCCAUCUACAAUGCCACCCUCCGGUGAACCUGUAAAAAGAAAAAGGGGAAGGCCCCGAAAAUAUGGACCUGAUGGGGCUGUGUCAUUGGCACUGUCUUCCUCAUUGUCUACUCAUCCAGGGACAAUAACCCCAUCCCAGAAGCGGGGUAGAGGGCGGCCACCAGGGACUGGGAGGAAGCAACAAUUAGCUUCCCUUGGUGAGUGGCUGUCUGGUUCGGCUGGGAUGGGUUUUACUCCACAUAUCAUCACUAUUGCAGUAGGAGAAGACAUUGCAACAAAAAUAAUGUCAUUCUCACAGCAGGGUCCAAGAGCUGUAUGCAUCUUGUCAGCAAAUGGUGCUGUUUCUACCGUGACUCUACGUCAGCCAUCAACCUCUGGAGGCACUGUCACAUAUGAGGGACGUUUUGAGAUUUUAUGCUUGUCAGGCUCUUACCUGCUCACUAAUGAUGGUGGCUCUUGCAAUCGAUCUGGUGGUUUGAGUGUCUCCCUUGCUAGUCCUGAUGGUCGUGUUAUCGGUGGAGGAGUUGGUGGAGUGCUUAUUGCAGCAAGCCCUGUUCAGGUGAUAGUCGGGAGUUUCUUGUGGGGUGGUGGUUCAAAGACAAAGAACAAGAAAGUGGGAGGUCCAGAAGGAGCCAGAGACUCAGACCAUCAGACAGUUGAGAAUCCAUUAACUCCAACUAGUGUUCAACCAAGUCAAAAUCUUACUCCAACCUCCUCUAUGGGCGUCUGGCCUGGUUCACGGCCAGUGGAUAUGCGUAACACCCAUGUUGACAUUGAUCUGAUGCGUGGAUAAAGAUUCUGUUGAUUAUUCUGUGAGCAAUGUAUAUAAUUUGCUGUUUCAGCACAGCUUGAAUAUAAUCUUCUGAAGUCCGAUGAUGAAGAUUGAGGACAUCUGAUUCUGCACUUGACAUUUCUCGCUUCAUUUACUUAUGAUUGACCAUGGGUCGAACACUCGAACUCAUUGAAUGUAGCUUAAUGACAUUGUAGUUCCACGUUUUAGUGUUGUUGUUUCAACUUA